UGAUCGCUAACCGUUCAGUAACACUGCAGAUCGAAGAGUGCCCUGAAAAUUCCUGAAACAGCAGACGAAAGUAAAGGAUUCUUGGUGUUUCUGGUGAAAGGAAAACUCUGUGAAAAAUGUCGUCUGAACGGAAAAUACUCAAAGCUACACGCAGGAAGAAGGAAGAUUACAUAAAUUCCUUGCCCGAUGAGAUUCUCCGGAUUGUUUUUGACCGCCUGGAACUUGGAAGCGUGAAAAACGCGUCCGCAACAUGCCAGAGAUGGCACAGCAUCAUAUUUCUGAGCGGAUAUGUAUGCAGAUUCGUCUUCAAAGUCGAGCUAAGCUCAUCUUUCCGCAACACAUCGGCGCGACAGAUGCAGAUAAUGGAGUUGAAGUCGAAGAUGAUCGCGCCAAUGCGCAAGAUACUGGAGCUGAAACCGUCGGAACAACGGCAAGAAGCGCGGAUCGUGGUGCCUCUCACAAAACGGUACGAGUGA